UGUAAAAACGCGCAUCGCCCUCUCAUCGGACUGACAUCAGGAAAUUCAGCAGCUUCGGGUGCCCGCGCAUACAGCACACGAGACAGGUUUACAUAGACCAAUCGGUCAACCGUUUGUUCCAAUCCCUGAGUCGGAGCGAGUCGGAGACGCUGCUCAUCCCACGCCGGCAGCCUCAACACCACGCCAACUAUACAGACCGUGAGACAAUUCCUUAUUCAUCAUGUCUGGGCCUGCGACACCCCACCUGCCCGCGUCCGCCAAUACCUCAGUUCAACCCACGGACUCCGCUACGCCUACCCUGCCGACCGCGACCGCCCCUCCGCUCCCUUCGCCAGCGACCUUUGACGUCCUCCCCGACCUCCACAAGCUCCUCGGCCGCCUCAUAAACACCUCCGCCCAGCUUCCGGCUCCUACUCCGACGCCCUCGCAGCCCUCUGCCGACGGUCCGCUCGAGAUGCAGCAUCUUGGGACCGAGGCCAACCAUCUCAAAAUCAAGAUCCAGAAGGCGCAGAAGGCUGUCAUGGCCCUUCCGGAUAUCGAUCGCACGUGCGAGGACCAGGAAGAGGAGAUUGAGGACUUGGAGGCGAGGAUCGCGAGGCUGAAGGAUGCGCUGCGUGGGCUCGGCGAGCCGCCGAGCGGAGAUAAGGCGGAGGAUGCAGAUAUGAGUAUGACGGGGUGAGAUGCUCGCAAAGAACACGAUUGAUGACAUACAGGCGGCUCGACCGAUUGCCUGCAGCCGCUCUUCUUGGCGCUUGCCAAUGCGACCUCCUGAUAGCCAAGGGAAGCUGUGAGACUGAAGCUUCUUAACCUCAGAAGUUGUCCAAGGCAUUGCUUUACUUGAGAUCCGGCUAAGACUUUUAUGCGCCUCUAUAGAGACUCGGAGCCCUCUUCCAUAGUCCAGGGCCCCUCCCUGGUUGGCCUGCCGAAGAACGUUAACUCCAUUAUGGUGUUGCACAUUUUCGUUUUAUCUUCCCAUGAGGCCCUUUCAACAUCAAGAUACUGCAAAAUCAACGCGCGAACAAAUAUCAGAUAGACGCAGCUAGCCGACAACAAACCGAUACUACACGUUGUCUUAAUUCAUGCCCUGAUACGUAACCUACCGUCAUCUCC